GUGACUUUCUGUGGCAUUGAUGUGACCUUGUCUCUUUAUUCCAUGGUCUUUUUUGCAUGACUGUAACUUGACUUACGCCUAUACACAAUCUUCACCACUUCCUCUUUCUCCUCUGGCUAUUUCUCUGCCCGGCGGCACCCUCAUUCAUCAUGGUAGAAAAGGUCUAUGCUACAUAUAAUGAUGUUCACAAACUCUGCCAGGAUUCGGCACCCAAGAUUUUGCAAGAUUUCCAACCCAACCUCAUGAUUGCCAUUGGUGGAGGUGGAUAUGUUCCCGCUCGAAUUCUAAGGUCCUUUCUCAAACAACCGGGAGCCCCUAAUAUUCCUAUUCAAGCCAUCGGUCUCUCCCUCUACGAACAACUCUCCGGUUCUGACCCUGUUGAGGCUCCCGGCACCAAAGUUACCCGAACACAAUGGCUCGACUUGUCGUCUCUGGAGAUGUCCAACUUGAUCGGCAAGAACGUCCUUAUAGUCGACGAAGUUGACGACACACGCACGACGCUCGAGUACGCUGUCAAAGAAUUGGAAAAAGAUGUCGAGGAGGCCAGAAGACAACAAGGGCGGACGGAAAAGACCAAAUUCUCGAUAUUUGUUCUGCAUAACAAAGACAAGCAGAAGAAGGGCCAUUUACCGGACGAUAUGAUCAACGACAAUCGGUACCUGGCUGCCGUCACUGUGCCUGAUGUUUGGAUUUGCUAUCCUUGGGAGGCUACCGACAUUGACGAGCAUGAUGCUUUGGCGGCCCAGAAAGGCGUGAAAUGAUGUCCUUUCAUCGUUUGGUUUUUUAAGGUGUGAUCUUCCGUUAGGGGCAUGAACAUAGAACACCGCAACCAGAAGAUGCGCCCAAAAUAUCUGACCCAAUGCCAUGUGUUCUUUUUGGACUUUUCAAGGAUCUAAUCCCAGCGGACUUUUCUUGCGUCCAAGUCCUUUCUCGCCUUGU